AUGCCGGAAGGCGUCAAGGCGGGCAUCGGGGCGGCUCUCCUGCAGGUUGAUGUCGGCAGGCUGUCCAUUACCAACGUAGGCUGGGGCUCCCCCUCCCAUUUCAGCGGUUGCCUUGCCCUCAACGACCACAUAGUGGCGGUCAAUGGCGAGGCGUUCCGCCAUGUGGAGCAGGCAACCAAGCGCAUACUCGGGGAGGAAGGGACCCUUGUGGAGCUGACGAUAGUGAAGGGUGGGGACGGGCCCUCGGAGAGAGUCACCCUGAUGAGGAAGCACUCGCAGUACAGCCAAUGUCCUGACUCGAUCGCUGGGCUCGGCCUGAUUCUCGCUCCUUUCGACGGCAAGGGCCUUCAGGUCCUCAAGCUCCUGCAUGGAGGCCCCGCGCAGCUCUCGGAGAGGCUCUGCCUUGACGACUACAUCCUCUCCAUCGACAACCAGGACGUGGCCGGAUCGACAGUAGAAGAGAUCGCAAACAUGGUCAAGGGCCUGCCAUUCACGCGGGUGGAGCUGGAGGUGGCGAGGAAAGAUCGAAUCCUUCACAUAAGCCUCAUCAGGAACACGCCGAUGGAGGGAGAUAUGUUGGACAAGGCCCUGGACUACAAGUUUCGCAUGCAGGAGCUGACGAAGCACGCGACGGCUCGCAAGACGUUGCUGGGGGCCAGCGCUCCCCCCAAGGAGGUGUACAGGUCGCUCCUUCAGGAGAUGGAGGAGCUGAGCGCGAAGCUAAGGGAGAAGCAAGAAGAGUCCAAUCGCUCCUUCGAGAUGCUCGAGGCAGAGGCUGAAACCCUCACCAACGAGCUGGCUGCCCUUAAGAGCCUCCGGGCUACCCUGGCGACCAUCCCCUCCACCCUCUAA